AUGUCAUGCAAACAAUUUUGCAAGUUUAGAAUAAAUGUAAAGUCUAUUUAAUAAUUUUUUGUUCCUAAGACAAGUCAUGGUAGAUAUUAAAUUUAGAGUUUUAUCACUAAAUUCAAUUAGUAUAUACUUGAUUUGACUAUCUAAUUAAAUUAAUCUUAUUCAUCAAUCAAAAAAAAAUAUGAAGAAUUCAUAAAAUAAUUGGAUAAUAUGAAAAAAUAAUUACUUAAGAUAUCUGAUGAUUUAAAUUAAUAAGAUUAUAAAUAAAUCAAAGAUAAUUUGUAAAUGAUAAAGGAAUGGUAUUAAUAUUCAAACAAUCAAGAAGAGAUCAUGAAGUAGAAUUAAAUUGGUAUUUUUCGAUUAAUAAUAUUUAUAGGAACUUAAUUACUUAGUAUAAAAAGAAUGAUUCAAACUUUAGAUUUAGACAAUAAAUAAUAAUAAUAAUAAUAAAUUAAAAGUAUAUAUCAAGAUAAUCAAAUAACACUUGAAUAAGGUAUUUAAUUUUUUCAAAAUUAUAUUAGGAAUAGAAUUACUAAAUUAACAAAAAUGGUAGGAAGCUAAUGAAAAAAUAAAUUAAUAUUUAAAAUUAUUAGAGAAACAAUCAUCAUUUGCAACAUUGUUUUAAGGUAAUUACAAAUUAAAUAUAUAAUUAAUUAAGGUAUUUCUUUAAUUGAAAUGAAUCAAUAUGGAAAAGGAAUUAUAAUGAGAGAAUAAGCCAAGAAGAUGAAUAAUAACCUAUAUAAAGAUUUAUUGGAUUAUUCAGACUUGGAACUUAAGAAAAAUCCAAAAAAUACAUUUAUUUUAAUUGUAAAAAGUUAAUAUAUUCAAUUAUUUUUAUAGGCUAUGCAUUAGAUGAUGAAGAGAAAUAUCAAUUAGCCAUUGAAUAAUGCGAAAAGGUUAUAAUAGAAGAACCUAAACAUCUUCAUGCAUUGUAUAGAAAAAGUAAACAUUUAUUUAUUAAUAGGUUUUACUUUAUAAAAUUUGAAGGAAAAUUCAUAAGCAAUUUAAUGCAUUGAUAUAGCUUUAAAUUAUGAUUCAAAAUAUAUUGUUGGAUAUAACAUAAAGGGUAAUUUAUUAUGUUAUGAUUGUGAUAGGUUUAUCAUUAGAUAAUCUUAAAAAAUAUAAUGAUGCAAUAGUUUGUUUUGACAAGGCAAUCCAACUUGAUCCUAAUGAUGCAUCGGCUUAUAUGAAUAAGGGUUAAUAAUUAAUUUAUUGUAAUAGGUUUAUCAUUAAAUAAUCUUGGAAGAUUUAAUGAUGCAAUUGUUUGUUUUGACAAGGCAAUCCAACUGGAUCCUAAUUUUGCAUUGGCUUAUAAUAAUAAGGGUUUAUAAUUAAAUUAUUGUAAUAGGUUUAUCAUUAAAUAAUCUUAAAAAAUAUAAUGAUGCAAUUGUUUGUUAUGACAAGGCAAUCCAACUGGAUCUUAAUGAUGCAUCGUCUUAUUAUAAUAAGGGUUAAUAAUUAAUUUAUUGUAAUAGGUGCUUUACUAUCUCAAUUGAAGAAGUAUUAAUAAGCUAUCGAGAAUUACAAGCAAGCACUUUUAUAUUGCAAAGAAGACAAAAAUGAAUUUAAUAAACUAAUUAUGGAAUUAAGAUUUAAGAAAUGA